AUGGACGCUCCUCUUCCAACGUCUAACCGUGCUGUCGUAUGGACUGGUGCCAAGAAGCUAGAGAUUCAGCAGCGGCCUGUCGUACCUCCAGGCGACCGCGAAGUAUUGGUUGAGAUUAUUGCGACCGGUAUCUGUGGUUCUGACUGCCACAAUUGGGAAAGUGACAAGGUUUCGCGGCAGCUUGUCCUAGGCCAUGAGUCCUCAGGCGUCAUUGUCAAAGUCGGCAAGGACGUCACGAACAGGAAUGUUGGCCAGAGGGUUGCAGUUGAGCCUGGAUUCGCCUGUAUGGAAUGUGAGUUCUGUGCGCAGGGAAAAACAAACAUCUGCGCCGACCUCAAGUACUGCGGGCUUGACCCGACCGAUGGUACCCUUUGCCAGUACGUUACUUGCCUUGCAUCUAUGACAGUACUCAUCCCCGAGACCAUAUCAUGGGAAGAGGCCGGAGCAAUCCAGCCUUUGGCGAUUGCGAUACAGUUGGCACGACGAGCGGCCCUAAACAUGCACCAGACCAUGGCGAUCUUUGGAUGUGGCCCUCUUGGAUUGCUCAUCCUUGCCGUCGCAAAAGCCUAUGGCGUCAAGAAGAUCGUCAUGUUCGACAUUGAAGAGUCGCGUACGAAGUUUUCCCAAUCCUACGGUGCAGAUGCGGGAAUUGUCACGGCCAGGAACGAUGACCCAUCCAAAGACUCCUUGGCAUUUUCCCAGGAGUAUGCCAAAGAAAUAAUCACCGAUUAUGAUGUUGGGAGUGGCUUUGAUGUCGCCGUUGAAGCGAGCGGAGCCGAGAUUUGCGCCCAAAUGGCCGUCUGCAUGCUGAAGCAGGGUGGAACAUAUAUCCAAGCUGGCUUGGGCAAGCCACUGACAUCGUUCCCCCUUUUCAUGGUCACCGAUAAGGAGCUUACCGUUAAAGCGGCAAAGGCUUUCGAGGCGCAGCAUGCGAGGAAAGACAUCAAAAUUGUUAUUUUAAACCAGAAAUAG